CCCCCCCCCCCCCCUUUAACCAAAACCGCCUCCGCAAAGCGCGCAGGCAACUCGCCGGCUGCAGCCCCGAUAAAAUGAAUGCAAAAUGACCCAGAAGCUCUUCAUCCUUAUCUACAAAGGCGAACCGCUCGACUAUAUCGAAUACCGCCACACCGCACUGUACUUCCAGUUCGCGUCGCAGUCCCGCAGCAUCAUGCACAUCAUUGGAUGCCAGGGGCUUUUUCAAUUCUCAAACAACGUGAACUGCGAUCCGUCCACGCUGGGGAAUUUAGUCCAAGUCGUGCCGGUGACUGACAUCCCGACUUCCAUCGGCGAGGACUCGAUUCGGGAGACGGUCUCGCGGACCCCGAUCCGCAACGGCCGCCUGGACCUCGAUUGGAACUGUCAGAAUUGGGUCGGCGAUGCGCUCAACCGGCUGGUGCAUCGUGGAUGGAUCACGGUCGAGCAGCGCGCUGAUGCGAUCGACAAAAUGGCGGAUGCCUGUUUAGAGGCCCACGACGAUUCGGACUCGAUAUGACUGGAUCCAGAGCAAUUCAACGGUUCUUGAGCGUUAGCAAGUCGUUUCUUUUCUUUUCUUUUGUUUGUCCGUUUUCGUCUUUGUCUUCGUCUUUGUCUUCGAUUCAAAUACAGCUUUAAUGUGAGGACCAUUCAACAUAUACUGCAGAGUGCAAAUUACGCAAUGUUUUUGA